AGAGAGAGGGAGAUCAAAGAGUGAGCAAGGAGGGAGAGAUGGUAAAGGAAGCUCCAUUCGAAGUAGAAAACUAUGGAGGCCUAGUUCGAGUCUUUAGCGACGGAAGUGUGAAACGUGCAGAUGAUCCCUACGCGAAGGCUCCUCUCAAAGAUGAUCUUGGCUCUGUCAUAUGGAAAGACUACACUUUUGAUCAUUCUUUCUCCCUUCAACUUCGCAUCUACAGGCCUUCUUCCAUUCCACCAAACAAGAAGCUAUCCAUCUACAUCUACAUUCAUGGUGGUGGUUACUGUUAUGGAUCUCGAACCUGGACCAUGUUCCACAACUAUUGCCACCAUCUUGCCUCCAAGCUUCAAGUGGUUGUUGUUGCCCCUGAUUACCGUCUAGCACCUGAAAACCCACUUCCGGCAGCCAUUGAUGAUGCCUUUACAGCCGUCAAGUGGGUACAAUCUCAGUUUCUCUUUAAAGAUUCAGCCUCUUGUCUCAUCGAUUCGGCCGAUCCCCAACGUGUUUACUUGAGUGGGGACUCGGCUGGCGGAAAUGCCUGCCACCAUUUAUCCGUCGGACUUGCGACCCUAAACAUUUCGCCGCUGUGUAUUAGAGGUUACAUUUUGAUUACCCCAGCUUUUGGUGGCGUAAGGAGAACCUAUUCGGAGCUGUUAAGUCCUCUUAGAUCUCUCACUAACAUGGAAAACUUCGACUGCUUGUUCCGACUUGCGCUACCAAGAGGAUCAACAAGGGACCAUCCACUAUCAAAUCCAUGGGGUCCGGACAGCAUGGACUUGGCCUUGAUCGGUAUCCCACCAAUGCUAGUAGUCGUGGCUGGCCGCGACGCCUUCCGAGAUCGACACUUGGCUUAUGUGCAGGCACUUAAAGGUAUGGGAAGAGACGUGGAGAUGGUGCUAUUUGAAAGUGAAAAACAUUCAUUUACCUUGUUCCGCUCUGACUCUCGGGCAAACACUGAACUCAUGGCUCGAAUUAUGAGCUUCAUUGUUGCCACCGGCGGUGAGGCUGGCAAGACAAGGUCUCUGCUUUGAUCGAACUUAGCAGUCUGAAAUCGAUCGCGUCUUCCAUUUCCAUAUCAACUUCUUGUCUUACGUUUUCUGUAUAUGUAAUAUGUGUUAAUUA